AUGGCUAAGAGAGAAGAUAGAUUUCCGAAAGAAGCAGCAAAGAAAGAAGGAGGAAUGCAACUAGAGUCAAUCUUGUUUGGGAAGUUUUUAAAUAAAGUGAAUGAUGAACAGAUAAACUUUAUUACUAAUAUAAACAAUUGGAAUAUGAGUUUAGAUGAGUUUAAAUCAGAAUUAGCAAAACUCAACUCCAGCUCAUCAACUUACUAUCAAUUAUGCAGAGAUCAGUACUACUCUAUUGAUAGAGAACCCCAUACAAAUCCUUUAUUCUGAAACAAGUAA